AUGGCUGAGACAUUUGAGAAAAUGAAGACAGAGCUAGAAGAUUCACGGAAGGAACCUAACGUUGAAGUUGAGCCUGGAGAGUCUUCACCGAAGAAGUCUUCACCGAAGGAGCCUUCAAAGAAGCAGUCUUCACCGAAGAAGCCUUCACCGAAGAAGCCUUCACCGAAGAAACCUUCACCUACCAAACCUUCGACGAGCCAACCACCGUUGAGGAGGUCCACACGCGGGGUGGUUUGCGUGUCUGUUUGUCUUACUAUCAUCUAUGACAUCGGUCUGUUUUAUAAGGUCUCGGUUUCAUCCAAGAGUUCCUUUGAUGUGAAUUUUAGUGAAGAAGAUGAUAUCCCAGAGUUCAUAGAUACGCAAGGCGUUGAAGGGCUUUCUCAGACCUCGUAUGUGCCCGGCUUUGAUCCAUCUCAGACCAAUAAGAGAGACGAGUGGUGGACUCCAAGGACUUCAGUCAGAGAUUCAGAAGCUCCACUGCCGUCACAGUGGCAUAAAUGGAAUAAAGGAAAAGGACUUUAG